GCUAAAGAUGUCUCCUAAAUUCGCACUUGCAAUCCUGCUCCUCAGCUGCGUUUUCCUAGGAAUGGCCAAUGCCCAGCUAAACAGGGUCCAUCGGAAGAGUGUGCUUUAUCCCGCGCGCCCUAGGAUGAAUGGGGAAAACCCUUUGCCGCCAAAUUUCCCACCUGAGACUCCUGAAAGCAGUGGUGGUUUGACAACCGUGGACUGCACGCCCAAUCUUCUGGCCAGUAACAUCCGGGAUACCAGGAAACCUAAGCCCAAGCUAUAG